GCUUUAGCUUUGAUGACCACCGGCAGCUCUCCAGAGGAUAAAUCCCCUGAGACAUCCUGAGACCAUUCCUGGGGGUUCUAUUUGAUAAAUACCUUCCCAAGCACUUGGUACAUUUGCCCACGUUCUGCAACUCAUUUUGGCUUCUUACACGUUCCACAUCGUCAAUGGUCUCUGAAGGUCUCCGAAGGUCUCGUCUGACGAGCCGCAGAAGUCUCUCCCGUAGCCAUCUGAACUUGGCUCGGCUUCUCCUCCCGGUGUCCAGAUGUCCUUCAAGGCUCAGAUUGUUGUGGAUUGCCGCGGGCAUUUGCUCGGCCGCCUGGCAUCCGUCUUGGCCAAGGAGUUGUUGAACGGCCAGAACGUCGUCUGCGUCCGAACGGAAGACAUCAACAUCUCCGGAUCCCUCUACCGCAACAAGUUGAAGUAUGCCAACUUCAAGAGGAAGCACAUGAACACCAAUCCUCGUCAAGGACCUUUCCACUUCCGUUCUCCUGCCAAGAUCCUGUGGCGCACCAUUCGUGGUAUGGUACCCCACAAGACUGCUCGUGGAGCGGCUGCGCUCGACAAGCUCAAGACCUUCGAGGGCAUUCCACACCCCUAUGACCGCAAGAAGAGAAUGGUGGUGCCCAGCUGCCUCAAGGUCUUGCGCUUGCGCCCGGAGCGCCGCUUUUGCCGCCUUGGCGACCUCUCCAAAGAGGUGGGCUGGAAGCACGGUGCCCUCAUCGAGCGCUUGGAGUCUCAGCGAAAGGUGAAGAGUGAGGCCUUCUACAAGAAAAAGUCUGCGACACUGCGCAGCAAGAAUGAGGCCAAGAAGGCGGUGAAGCUGUCAGCGGACGAGAUGAAGGUCUUGGAGUCUGCAGGAUAUGCAUGAGCGACACAGAUCUGAGCCGGGUGGAA